CCUAACUCCCCAUCAUCAUCAAUAUCAUGGCCGAACUACGAAAAUACGCAUGUUCAAUGUGUGCCCGACGAAAAGUCAAGUGUGAUCGACAACAUCCCUGCUCAAAUUGUCAGAAAGGUAGAGCAGAAUGUACCUACGAAGCGCCUCCUCCGCCAAAGCCUCGAAAAAGAGCUGCUGAUGAGGAUCUACUGGCGAGGUUGGCGCAGUAUGAAAAGUUGAUGCAGAAAAACGGUGUGGAUUAUAGUCAGCAUGCUAAUGUUUGGGUCUCGUCGGGUUUGGAGGCGAAGAGGGAGGAUGAUUCGUCUACAACGUUGUCGGAUGCUGCGACGGAGUUGUGUCUUUGGUCAAAGCUGAGUCAUGAGCUCAAGUAUCCUCCCACGCUUGCACUGCGUAACAAAGAUGACCCUUUCCUCCAUUCCUCGCCAGCAUUCCACUCCAUGAUUUUCGACCAUGAAUCAAAAGCCUAUGAGAAUCAUCCAGAACCAAAGCAAAUCUUCUUCUUUUGGCAGACCUUUGUCGAAUGCAUCAAUCCCCUCAUUAAGGUUGUUCACGUCCCAAGUCUACAGAAACGCAUUCUAGAAGCAAGCUGGGAUCUAGCAAACAUACCAAAGCCUCUCUCAGCGCUGAUGUUCUCAAUUUAUCUUCUUUCAGUUACCUCCUUGUCGUCAGAAGCUUGCCAGACGUCCUUGGGCGAAGACCGAGGAGCAUUGCUCACGCGCUAUCGCACGGCCACGAUACGGGCACUUACAGCAGCCGACUUCAUGACGACAAAGGAUCUUGAGACUCUUCAGGCCGUGGUCCUGUUUACCUUCUCAAAUCCAGAAACUGACUUGGCCAGUACCAUGACGGCCGUUGCAAUAAGGGCUGGACAGAUGAUGGGUCUACACAAAUCAGACACCGACACAAAACUAUCCUUCUUCGACAAAGAAAUGCGCAUUAGACUAUGGUGGCAGAUAAAAGGCCUCGACUCUCGAGUGCGCGCUAGUUCAACACCGGGAAUCAAACUGGCAAGAUCAGAGUUCGGCGAUGUUCGCCUCCCCUUCAACAUCAACGACGCAGACCUCCAUCCAGAUAUGCUCGAACCUCCAGUCCAACACACCGGCCCCACAGAAAUGGUCUGCGUGCUUAUGAAGUUCGAAGUAACGCAGUGGCUUCGCUCAUCUCCCAAAGCAGCCAAGGUGUUCGACUGCAUAGCUCCCGGCUUUGGAAGACCUGGAGGAUCGACCAAAGCCGAAGACGAAGCUAUCAACGAGCUUGAAGCUAUUUACACGGAGAAAUAUCUUGCCAAGCUUGACAGAGCGGUUCCCUUUCAUGACCUGACGUAUGCAAUGGCCAAACUGGCUAUUGCAAGAAUGCGCUUUAGGUUACAUCACCCUAGAGCUAGAGCAGCACCUGGUGAUGCGGAUGUUUACAUGACGAAAGAAGAUAGCGACAUUCUCUUCAACGCAGCACUGUCAUUCUUGGAACUCGUCAACGUCGGCUUUGAGAGUAAAUUCUCAUCUCAGAUGUUUACUCAUUUAACAUCACUCUACCAAAUCGACGCUUGGAUCUAUGUCAUCAGUGAACUCCGCAGACGACCUGCAGGCCCGAGAAUAAAUCUGUCGUGGAAGCUUGUCGACAGUUUAUAUUCUGAUCAUCCCGAACUUGUGGAUAGUGUUGAAAAUUCGUUAUUUACUGCGUUGGGGAACUUGACUUUGGAGGCUUGGGAGGCGAGGCGCAAGGCGCUGAGUGAUGCUGAUGCUGUACCGGCUUGUGUCGAGUUGCUUUGGAGUAAGAGACGUGUUGGACAGGGUGAUGCUGAGAUGGCUGGUAGUGCACUUGAUGCGUGGGAUCUCAAUGUCGGUGAUGACCUGCUGGAUUGGAAUUAUUGGAGCGACUUCGUGCGCUUUUAGGCUUUGAUGGUAGCUGUAGUACAAACGAAGUGAAAAUCGGUAAUGGCGUAUGAGUUGUACACAGUCGUAUUGUCGUACAUUUA